AAUAUCCCAUCGACAACACCACCCUCAUCGCCGCCGUCGACGUCGACGUGAACGCAGCCCAUCAUGUCCAUCUCCACGAUCCAAUCAUACAUCGAAUACGUCGAAGAAAAAGUGCACACCACGGUCUCGAACGCCGCCGCAGAUUCUAUGCCCAUGAUCCAAGAGGCCCUCCACAGAUUCUCCGUCGAUGUCUCGAGAUUUGGCUUUCAGAUGCCCGAGAUCCAUAUGCCCAGUCUCGGGGACUUUGAGGUGCCCCCGCCGCCUCCGCCUCCGCCACCACCGCUGUCGUUCUGGGAGAGUACGGCGGAGUGGGCCGGGGAUCAUCCGUGGAAGGUAACGGGGAUCGGUGCGGGCGUUGUUGGUGUUGGGUUGUUGGUGGGAUAUGGGACUACUAGAGGUAGAGGUGGUGCCAAGUUGAGGGCCUCUGGGAAGGCUGGGGCCUCCAGUAGUGAGCGGAGAAGAGUCGUAGUCGUUCUCGGUGGGGAUACACCUCUCGCUCUACCAUUGAUUCAGGAUCUUGAGAAGAACGGUUUUAUCGUCGUCACGAGCGUCGCGACACCCGAGGCUGCAGACGAGCUGGAGAGCCGGUGUAAUGGUUAUGUUCGUGCUCUAGUGCUCGAUCCUGUCGAGCCUGCCACUAUACCCAUUUUUCUACGAUCGCUAGCUUCCACCCUUUCGCGUCGAUUCCCUAUCAACGCUCCGGGAGACCCUCAUUCAACUCCCGCCACCCACCCACACAUUCAUUCCAUCAUCUCACUCCUCACCCUUCCUUCUUCAUACGCGCCACCUACGGCUCCUCUGGAACACCUCCAUCUCCGAAGCUCAUAUCUCCCUUACUUGAACGCCACGCAUCUCACCCCUCUCCAAGUCAUCCAAGCUCUUCUCCCUCUCCUGCGGAGUUCACCGGCGCGCGCUCGCGACGCAGCCUCCAACAAUGCAGAAAAGAAGAGCAUCAUCGUCUGUAUCCCUGCCGCUGAGUCCCGCGUUGGCUUGCCAUUCGCUGCGGCGAACGCCAUGAGCGCCGCCGCCACCUUACGCGGAAUCGAGGUCUUACGCCGCGAGAUCGAUAUGGCCACUCUGACUGGCGAUGCUCAGACCUCCAUGGGCAACGUCAAAGUAAUCGUGGUCGACGUCGGCGCUGUCGAACCUCCACAGAUCACGAAUAGACGACUGCUCACGUAUGACGCGGGCCACGCUAUGGACGCCUGGACGCCCUCGGAAAAACUGGCGUAUGGAGCUGCGUAUCAGUCUAUCCUGGAAGAAGGGAACGCGUACGGAGUACCACGGAAACCGACGGACGUCGGCGUGUUCGUGAAGAGUAUCGUCGAUGUCGUCAGACAUGGCAGACGGAGGACCUGGUCCGUUUUUGGCGUGAGCUUGGGUUUGGGACCUGUCGCUGGCUGGAUCAGCGGCGAGAGGUUCUCUGUGGGCGCUGGUGCAUCUACAUAUGCUUUGGCGUCCUACCUUCCGACCUCGAUCCUCGAUAUCAUCCUGAACAUCCCACAUUUCUUGCUCAGCAUACGGAACGCCCUGGUUUACGCCCCUCCGCGCGUCGUAAUGCCUCCACGGCCCUCCACUACCUCCACCACCGCUCCGGCUCGUCCCCUUCCUGAAUCCUCCACUGCCGCCUCUGCACCCACCGUGGGCACAACCGCAGGCACGAGUGAGAAACAGACGAAUAGGGGUGACGAGUCUGGUUCCGGGUCUGGCUCUGAACAGGAGCAUGAAGUCUCAGAGACGGGCUCGGAGGCCGAUGUGGAGAGUAACACGGGAGAGGGACAUGCGAUGGGUGAGAGUUGGGUAAGUCUGCAGCCGGGGACGAGCUCGAUGCCUUCGACCGCUACGAUGUCGUCUCAGGCGUCUUCCGUCGCUGGAGAUGCGUAGGGUACAUACGGUGACCGGGCGUGUUUGGAUAUUCAAUAUACAGCUCUACUCAGUCGAUUUCUUUGCUUUGGAUCGCCGUUCAUUCUUGACAAAGUUGCUGGGCAAUAAUGGGGCUCGGUGGGCGGGUGCUCUCUUGCUGUUUGCUGUGAUGUGAUGUAUUUGCUUCGUUCCUUGGAUAAUCUGUGUAUGUCUAAAUGUACUGUACCUCUCCGGAUGUAUUCAAUUCGGCUUAACCCCCCCAAUCGUAGUAUUGCUC